AUGCCUAUCAUUUUUUCAGCCUCUGAGGCACCUGAUGGAGGACGAAACCACAAUGAUUCACUAGUGGUUACGAUAGCUAUCGCGCUCCCUGAAAACGAGGCCGAGGAAGAAAAGCCUAAGGUAUUGCCAUGGUCCAUGCCUAAGAUACUAAUAGAUGAAGGAAGUUACGUCGAAAUUUUAUUCUAUGAUACAUUCAAACAAAUGGGUCUUAGAGAUGAAUGCCUAUUACCAUCUACUUACAACAUAUUUGUCUUCAAUGACUCGUCAACCCGCCCAAGGGGCGAGGUUAUAUUAGAAAUCUGUGUGGGAAAAAUCCUCACUUUAACUACUUUCUGUGUAGUGGAUGUACUUUUACCCUACACAUCUAUUGUCGGGCGAUCCUGGGUCCAUGGUAUCAAGGGAGUCUCCUCGACCUAUCACCAGAGGCUAAGGUUCCCGACACCGAAUGGGAUCGCAGAGGUCAUAGGGGACUCAGGCGAAGCUAAGUACUGUUACAACAUGGACGUGAAAAACAGCGAGAACAGAGUAAACUCCCCAAAAGCAAAGAAGAAGAGGGAUAAGAACACCAAAAAUAGGAUGAAAUAG